AUGAAUUUUCAAAUGAAAUCAAUUGAUCAAAACAUGUGGUUAUCAAAUGAAGAAGUUAAUAAAUUAAAAAAGAUUACUACUCAAUAUAAUGUUUGUACAUUUAUGCCUGAAUUAUUAAUACCAAAUACAUUUAAGACAUUUGAAAUUGUUAGUUAUUGGCGAUCUUAUUCAUAUUUUGAUGCUUAUCAAAAAGAAAUUCGUCAAUUUUCUAGUUCUCAUAGUAAAACAUUAAUUCGAUUAGCUGACUAUUUAACUAAUAUAAUGAAAAAUAUUUGUUCAACGUGUUUACCUUUACCUAACAGAACACAUAAAGGACUUCGUCAGGCUUUUCAAACACGUUAUAAUAUAGCAUGA